AUGAGGUAAACCUCACACACUUUAGAUAUGGUGGGUUAUGACAGGAACUUUAUAACUGUUUGCUAUAAGACAACACCACUUUCCUGGACUUUUGAGUUAAUAAUAUUCACAACUGAUAAAGAAGUCCUCUAAACAGCCAUUGUUACAUGCGUACCAGACAGGUUCAGAGUGGGUAACAUACAGGAUUAGAGCUGUAGACUUGAAUAAUUCCCAGUGUUAGUAUUGGAGCUGUGACGAAUGGGCCUGGUUGUGUUUGUCCUCAGGGCCACAGCAUCGUGUGUAGAGGACUCUCCUCUAGCAAACUCCGUGCAGAUGAACAGUGAUGGCCACAGAAUCACACCCACCUGAACAGUAAGAACACACAGUGGAACAUAUGAUGAUCUACAUUAAACAUCUAAAGGCCACUCAGAAAAUUAUGCUUUUUUUAUGAAAGGUCUUCAUUUAUACAUGUGUUAUGAUUGAGUUGUGCUUGUAUCUAAUGCAAAUGCAUUACUGUAUUCAUUUGUAAUAUUUGAAAUGAUGUGAUGAUAAUUAACUUAAUAACCAUCAUUGUUUGAUUGUGUAGUUCAGUCGAUGAAGUGGUAAACACGGAGCAAGUGCUGAACUCCCUGGAGAGGAUCAUUCUCACCAUCUUCCUCACCAUCAUCAUCAUCAUGACUGUUCUGGGCAACCUGCUGGUGAUGGUGGCGCUCUGCAAGGACAGACAACUACGGUAAGAAAACUUCCUGUUUACAUGUAGGUCCCAUCCUGUCAAAUCAAAGUGGUCAGAGGAGAAAAUGUGACCCCUUUAGAGUGUGGUUUUUACCACAGAAGCUAGGUUUCCAUCCAAUUGGCAACAGAUUUUCAUGCAAAUAUUCUAAAAUCAGGAUAAAAACAUACGCAUUUUCCCACCAGAGAUGUGUUUCCAUCAGGCUGUGCGUGAAGAUGUAAUGCACAUAAAAAUAUUUCCAUGUACCGAAUAAAAAAUACAAGUUAAAUGGGUUUCCAUCGCAUUUCCAACUCUAUAUGCUUUAUAUAGCGAGUGUGCCCACUCUGGUAUUGGCACGUGUAUUCUAGCAGGGCGCAGAUUGUGCGCUGUUGGCUAGAGCGCACGUAUAGUUUACAUGCUGAGAUUAUUAUGGAUAAAAUAAUGAGAUUUUAUUUGUCAAACGGCAGCCAAGCAUCGAUGAUCAUGUCACCAGAAUAAGACCCUCGCUAUUUAUUGGAAAGGAGCAUCAAGCUCAUCACCGUGCACUUUCACCACCCUGUGAAGUUCAUCAUAAGUUAUUUCAUCUGUAGCCUAAUAAAUUGCAUGCUUUCCCGACAAGUCGUAAUGGGAGGACCACACAACAUAUCAUCGAGUGACUCCAAGUUUACUUCAAUGGUUAUUAUAUCCUAUUUGCACAUAAAAGCGUUUCCACCUACAUUUCUCGCAUAAUUCAUUUUACCGAAACCUUGUCUAGUGUAUUUUGUUUUGUCAACAUUUGGAAAAAUGUCUGUUUCCAUCAGACCUGUCAUGACAUUUUUUAUCCAACAUCUACUUUACUCGCAUAAAAAGGUUGGAUGGAAAGCUGGUUAGAGAUAGAUACUGUACUUUAUAAUGGUGUUUACAUCCUGUGUCCCACCAUCUCUAGAGGACAUUACAUUGCCGCUGUCUGUCACAACGUCUGUACAUUUGCUUCUAGGGGAUUCUCCCAUGGUCCUUUUGUUAAUAAGCGCACUGCUUUAUAUAAAAUGACUUAUAUGAAAUGAUGUAAAAAAUAAUAUUGAACAGAAUCCAAUUGAAGUAGGACGUGUGAUGGACAGACUGGUAAAUAGGCCACUUCCUGGCUAUUGGGCAACGAACUUAGUAGCUGUUCUCACAUCAGGCACUGGCAUCCUUUCUGUCAUGUUUUACGUUUAGCGAUAUGGUAUUAAAGGGUAAUUAGAGAGAAAAAAGGUUUGUUCUGUCUAGUGCAGAUCAGUUGAUAAUUCUAACAGAUAACACAAAUAUAAUUCUCUUUGCAUUCAACUCGUGCCUUUCUGGAAAUAAAUCAAAAUGUUUUUGUUCCUCUUCUCCCUCUAGGAAAAAGAAGACCAAUUACUUCAUAGUGUCUUUGGCGUUUGCAGACCUCCUGGUUGCUGUGGUUGUCAUGCCGUUUGCAGCCAUUGAGUUGACCACAAGUCAGUGGAGGUACGGGGAGAUAUUCUGUCUGGUCAGGACCUCAUUGGACGUCCUGCUGACCACUGCAUCUAUCCUACACCUGUGCUGCAUAGCACUGGACAGGUGAGCAAUGAACAUAGUGAAAAACAUCAAUUUUACUCAUGGAAACAUUUGUAAAUAUGUCAGCCAGCUAUUGCAAACUUUUUCCACGUGCCUAUCCCAGUCACCUUGAUGCAUCCGUUCAGCCUAAUAGCCCUACACCUCUGUUAGCACCCAACUGUGUUAGAAUUAGCAUGUGUCUUGGAUGGCCCUUCUCUAGCACCUCUUUGUCCUCUGUCCAUAGCAUAUGGAAGCCUGUCAUGGCUGACAGAUGAGCAGCUAUGUUGUCCUGUCCUGCACCUGCCCCAUACGGUGAAAAGCCACUGUAGUGAGUCACCUGCUAGCUCAGUCCCUCACUCCAAACACAAAUAUGAUUUAUGCUUUUCCACAGGACCAAUCAUUCUUUUAGCUUCCCUGGGUGGAAAUAUGAGACAUGAGUCAUGACGAGAGGCCUGAUUGGUCGUUAGAAGGAUACUUAUCGGGCCUCCCGAGUGGCGCAGCGGUGCUUGAGGCGUCACUACAGACCCAGGUUCGAUCCCAGGCUGUAUCACAGCCGGCCGUAGUCGCAUAGGGGUUUGGCGGGGGUGGGGGGGGGGGGGGGGCUUUACUUGGCUCAUUGCGUUCUAGCGACUCCUUGUAGCGGGCCGGGGCACCUGCAGGCUGACUUCGGUCGUCAGUUGAACAGUGUUUCCUCCGACACAUUGGUGCUUCCGGGUUAAGGAGCACGGUUUGGGGGGGUCAUGUUUCGGAGGACGCAUGAUUCGACCUUUGCCUCUCCCGAUGAGAUGAAAUUGGGAGAAAAAAGGGGUUAACAGAAAAAAUAAGGAUACUUAUCUUUUUUAAAGUAGCCUAUGAAGGGAUGAGUCACUGCUUGUCUUUCUUACCCACCUACACUGAGUGUACAACAUAUUAGGAACACCUGCUCUUUCCAUGACAUAGACUGACCAGGUGAAAGCUAUGAUCUCUUAUUGAUGUCACCUGUUAAAUCCACUUCAAUCAGUGUCGAUGAAGGGGAGGAGACAGGAAAAAAAAAAAAGAUUGAGACAAUUGAGACAUGGAUUGUGUAUGUGUGUGGGCAAGACAAAAUAUUUAAGAACCGCAACGCUUUUCACACUCAACAGUUUCCUGUGUGUAUCAAGAAUGGUCCACCACCUGAAGGACAUCCAGCAAACUUGACACAACUAUGGGAAGCGUUGUAGUCAACAUGGGCCAGCAUCCCUGUGGAACGCAUUCGACACCUUGUAGAGUCCAUGCCCCGACCAAUUGAGGCUGUUCUAAGGGCAAAAGUGGGUGCAACUCAAUAUUAGGACAGUGUUCCUAAUGUUUUUUACACUAUAGGCCACAAGUAAAUACCUAAUAUGUACAUACCAAAAUAUGUACUAAGGGCUAAAGUCACCAUACAUGGUGAAUUCAAUAGAGGAUGCCAAUUUAGUUCAUUAUUUGUUUAUGCAAGUCAUGAGAUUAUUUUAGUGAAUACGGAAUUAGGAAUGAGUCACCAUUGGUAAUAUUUUGGUAUGUACAGUUGAAGUCGGAAGUUUACAUACACUUAGGUUGGAGUCAUUAAAACUUGUUUUUCAACCACUACACAAAUGUAUUGUUAACAAACUAUAGUUUUGACACAAGUAAUUUUUCCAACAAUUGUUUACAGACAGAUUAUUUCACUUAUAAUUCACUGUAUCACAAUUCCAGUGGGUCAGAAGUUUACAUACACUAAGUUGACUGUGCCUUUAAAGAGCUUGGAAAAUUCCAGAAAAUGAUGUCAUGGUUUUAUAAGCUUCUGAUAGACUAAUUGACAUCAUUUGAGUCAAUUGGAGGUGUACCUCUGGAUGUAUUUCAAGGCCUACUUUCAAACACAGUGCCUCUUUGCUUGACAUAAUGGGAAAAUCAAAAGAAAUCAGCCAAGACCUCAGAAAAAAAUGGUAGACCUCCACAAGUCUGGUUCAUCCUUGGGAGCAAUUUCCAAACGCCUGAAGGUACCACGUUCAUCUGUACAAACAAUAGUACGCAAGUAUAAACACCAUGGGACCACGCAGCCAUCAUACCGCUCAGGAAGGAGACGCGUUCUGUCUCCUAGAGGUGAACAUACUUUGUGUGAAAAGUGCUAAUCAAUCCCAGAACAACAGCAAAGGACCUUGUGAAGAUGCUGGAGGAAACAGGUACAAAAUGAUCUAUAUCCACAGUAAAACGAGUCCUAUAUCGACAUAACCUGAAAGGCCGCUCAGCAAGGAAGAAGCAACUGCUCCAAAACCGCCAUAAAAAAGCCAGACUACGGUUUGCAACUGCACAUGGGGACAAAGAUCUUACUUUUUGGAGAAAUGUCCUCUGGUCUGAUGAAACAAAAAUAGAGCUGUUUGGCCAUAAUGACCAUCGUUAUGUUUGGAGGAAAAAGGGAGAUGCUUGCAAGCCAAAGAACACCAUCCCAACCGUGAAGCACGGGGUGGCAGCAUCAUGCUGUGGGGGUGCUUUGCUGCAGGAGGGACUGGUGCACUUCACAAAAUAGAUGGCAUCAUGAGGAAGGAAAAUUAUGUGGAUAUAUUGAAGCAACAUCUCAAGACAUCAGUCAGGAGGUUAAAGCUUGGUCGCAAAUGGGUCUUCCAAAUGGACAAUGACCCCAAGCAUACUUCCAAAGUUGUGACAAAAUGGCUUAAGGACAACAAAGUCACGGUAUUGGAGUGGCCAUCACAAAGCCCUGACCUCAAUCCUAUAGAACAUUUGUGGGUAGAUCUGAAAAGGUGUGUGCGAGCAAGGAGGCCUACAAACCUGACUCAGUUACACCAGCUCUGUCAGGAGGAAUGGGCCAAAAUUCACCCAACUUAUUGUGGGAAGCUUGUGGAAGGCUACCCGAAAUGUUUGACCCAAGUUAAACAAUUUAAAGGCAAUGCUACCAAAUACUAAUUGAGUGUAUGUAAACUUCUGACCCACUAGGAAUGUGAUGAAAGAAAUAAAAGCUGAAAUAACUCAUUCUCUCUACUAUUAUUCUGACAUUUCACAUUCUUAAAAUAAAGUGGUGAUCCUAACUGACUUAAAACAGGGAAUUUUUACCAGGAUUAAAUGUCAGGAAUUGUGAAAAACUGAGUUUAAAUGUAUUUGGCUAAGGUGUAUGUAAACUUCCGACUUCAACUGUAUAUAUUAGGUAGAUAUUUGUGGCCUGUAGAUAGAAUUCAGAAAAACACUAUCAAUAGAUGAUGGGGUUUUUCCUCAGUUGAAUCUAUGAUGUUGUGAUAAUGUUGUGAUAUUCUAUUGAUAGGUACUAUGCGAUCUGCUGCCAGCCACUGGUGUACAGGAAUAAGAUGACGCCCUUGAGAGUGGCCCUGAUGCUGGGAGGAUGCUGGGUCAUCCCCUCCUUCAUCUCCUUCCUUCCCAUCAUGCAAAGCUGGCAUGCCAUCGGCAUAGAGGACAUUGUAAGUCUAUAAGCAGCUGUGGUCAGCCUGUCUGUCUGAUGGUUCUACUACAGACAGAGGCUUGCUCUGUAGUCUUAUUCAUUACAUCUACAGUUGGAGUCGGAAGUUUACAUACAUUUAGGUUGGAGUCAUUAAAAUUAGUUUUUCAACCACUCCACAAAUUUCUUGUUAACAAACUAUAGUUUUGGCAAGUCGGUUAGGACAUCUACUUUGUGCAUGACACAAGUAAUUUUUCCAACAAUUGUUUACAGACAGAUUAUUUCACUUAUAAUUCACUGUAUCACAAUUCCAGUGGGUCAGAAGUUUACAUACACUAAAUUGACUGUGCCUUUAAACAGCUUGGAAUAUUCCAGAAAAUGAUGUCAUGGCUUUAGAAGCUUCUGAUAGGCUAAUUGACAUCAUUUGAGUCAAUUGGAGGUGUACCUGUGGAUGUAUUUCAAGGUCUACCUUCAAACUCAGUGCCUCUUUGCUUGACAUCAUGGGAAAAUCAAAAGAAAUCAGCCAAGACCUCAGAAAAACAAUUGUAGACCUCCACAAGUCUGGUUCAUCCUUGGGAGCAAUUUCCAAAUGCCUGAAGGUACCACGUUCAUCUGUACAAACAAUAGUACGCAAGUAUAAACACCAUGGGACCACGCAGCCGUCAUACCGCUCAGGAAGGAGACGCGUUCUGUCUCCUAGAGAUGAACAUACUUUGGUGCGAAAAGUGCAAAUCAAUCCCAGAACAACAGCAAAGGACCUUGUGAAGAUGCUGGAGGAAACAGGUACAAAAGUAUCUAUAUCCACAGUAAAACGAGUCCUAUAUCAACAUAACCUGAAAGGCCGCUCAGCAAGGAAGAAGCAACUUCUCCAAAACCGCCAUAAAAAAGCCAGACUAUGGUUUGCAACUGCACAUGGGGACAAAGAUCGUACUUAGAACUGUUUGGCCAUAAUGACCAUCGUUAUGUUUGGAGGAAAAAGGGGGUACUUGCAAGCCGAAGAACACCAUCCCAACCGUGAAGCACUGGGGUGGCAGCAUCAUGCUGUGGUGGUGCUUUGCUGCAGGAGGGACUGGUCCACUUCACAAAAUAGAUGGCAUCAUGAGGAAGGAAAAUUAUGUGGAUAUACAGUGGGGAGAAUAAGUAUUUGAUACACUGCCGAUUUUGCAGGUUUUCCUACUUACAAAGCAUGUAGAGGUCUGUAAUAUUUUAUCAUAGGUACACUUCAACUGUGAGAGACGGCAUCUAAAACAAAAAUCCAGAAAAUCACAUUGUAUGAUUUUUAAGUAAUUAGUUUGCAUUUUAUUGCAUGACAUAAGUAUUUGAUCACCUACCAACCAGUAAGAAUUCCGGCUCUCACAGACCUGUUAGUUUUUCUUUAAGAAGCCCUCCUGUUCUCCACUCAUUACCUGUAUUAACUGCACCUGUUUGAACCCGUUACCUGUAUAAAAGACACCUGUCCACACACUCAAUCAAACAGACUCCAACCUCUCCACAAUGGCCAAGACCAGAGAGCUGUGUAAGGACAUCAGGGAUAAAAUUGUAGACCUGCACAAGGCUGGGAUGGGCUACAGGACAAUAGGCAAGCAGCUUGGUGAGAAGGCAACAACUAUUAUUAUUAUAAUUAUUCUAAAUUAUUAGAAAAUGGAAGAAGUUCAAGAUGACGGUCAAUCACCCUCGGUCUGGGGCUCCAUGCAAGAUCUCACCUCGUGGGGCAUCAAUGAUCAUGAGGAAGGUGAGGGAUCAGCCCAGAACUACACGGCAGGACCUGGUCAAUGACCUGAAGAGAGCUGGGACCACAGUCUCAAAGAAAACCAUUAGUAACACACUACGCCGUCAUGGAUUAAAAUCCUGCAGCGCACGCAAGGUCCCCCUGCUCAAGCCAGCGCAUGUCCAGGCCCGUCUGAAGUUUCCUCCCGAGUGGCGCAGUGGUCUAAGGCACUGCAUCGCAGUGCUAGCUGUGCCACUAGAGAUCCUGGUUUGAAUCCAGGCUCUGUCGUAGCCGGGCCGCGACCUGGAGACCCAUGGGGCGGCGCACAAUUGGCCCAGCGUCGUCCAGGGUAGGGGAGGAAAUGGCCGGCAGGGAUGUAGCUCAGUUGGUAGAGCAUGAAAGUCCGUAUUUCCCAGCGACAGCCCCGAAACCUGAAGGAUCUGGAGAAGGUCUGUAUGGAGGAGUGGGCCAAAAUCCCUGCUGCAGUGUGUGCAAACCUGGUCAAGACCUACAGGAAACGUAUGAUCUCUGUAAUUGCAAACAAAGGUUUCUGUACCAAAUAUUAAGUUCUGCUUUUCUGAUGUAUCAAAUACUUAUGUCAUGCAAUAAAAUGCAAAUUAAUUACUUAAAAAUCAUACAAUGUGAUUUUCUGGAUUUUUGUUUUAGAUUCCGUCUCUCACAGUUGAAGUGUACCUCUGAUAAAAAUUACAGACCUCUACAUGCUUUGUAAGUAGGAAAAUCUGCAAAAUCGGCAGUGUAUCAAAUACUUGUUCUCCCCACUGUAUUGAAGCAACAUCUCAAGACAUUAGUCAGGAAGUUAAAGCUUGGUCGCAAAUGGGUCUUCCAAAUGGACAAUGACCCCAAGAAUACUUCCAAAGUUGUGGCAAAAUGGCUUAAGGACAACAAAGUCAAGAUAUUGGAGUGGCCAUCACAAAGCCCUGACCUCAAUCCUAUAGAAAAUGUGUGGGCACAACUGAAAAAGUGUGUGCGAGCAAGGAGGCCUACAAACCUGACUCAGUUACACCAGCUCUGUCAGGAGGAAUGGGCCAAAAUUCACCCAACUUAUUGUGGAAAGCUUGUGGAAGGCUACCCGAAACGUUUGACUCAAGUUAAACAAUUUAAAGGCAAUGCUACCAAAUACUAAUUGAGUGUAUGUAAACUUCUGACCCACUGGGAAUAAAUCAUUCUCUCUACUAUUAUUCUGACAUUUCACAUUCUUAAAAUAAAAUGGUGAUCCAAAUGACCUAAAACAGGGAAUUCUUACUAGGAUUAAAUGUCAGGAAUUGUGAAAAACUGAGUUUAAAUGUAUUUGGCUAAGGUGUAUGUAAACUUCCGACUUCAACUUUAAAUUGUUUAUUUGCUGAAUGUUUUCUACUAAAUUGUUUUGUUGGUCCUUGAAAAUGUGAACAGGACAGAUGUUAAGUGAAGGACACAUGGUUAAACCAACAAGCAUAACAUCUUUCUAUUUGAAUAACAUUUCAAGUUCAUUGGAUGGGGAUGUAGUAGUCAGUUCAAUCAUCAUGUUCUUUGGGGAGAGCAAACUUACACAAGCCCUCUUCUAGUUCUAAAAACAGUACUAUGACUCAUUGUUUCACCUUUGACACCUGAAAAAACUUCCCUCUCUCAAAUGGAGGCACUGAUGGUUGUUUACAAAUGUCAAAUUACCCAUACCACAUAUACGUGUCCUCUUAGUGCACUCAACCAUCGUAAGACUAAAGCUACUACUACCAUUUACAUAGACAGACAUAAACACCCAAGAGAAUUCCAGGCACACAGCCUCUUGCUCUGAGACCUAAACACUGGAGUCAGUGCUGAGCACAAUCCACAGCUACCAGUUUAUAAACACAAAUAAUAUGUCAACGUCUACCCGUUCAAAGUUUUUUGUAAGAGAGUCAGGAAACGGGCAUUAGGCAGUCAGUCGUUGCACUCUCUCUGUUUACAUACUGUUGGUUGAAUGAGAAACAAGUACGUAACUAUUGCAUAUGUAGAUGUGGAUACUACAUAACGUGCCUCUUCCUGUAUGUGGAUCUGCUUGUUAAUUGAUUGUUUUCUCUCUGCAUGCUGACUUCAGAUAGAGCAGAGGAAGUUUAGCGGCAGCAGCAACGAGACCAACUGUGUGUUCGUGGUGAACCGUCCGUAUGCUCUCAUCUGCUCCGCUGUGGCCUUCUACGUUCCCCUGGGCCUCAUGGUCCUGGCCUACCAGCGCAUCUACGUCACCGCCAUGGGCCACGUGCGGCAGAUCGGCACGCUGCAGCGGGCAGGCUCCGCCCCCUACUCGGCGCCCCCCCAGCACUACCUCAGCUCCGAGCAGCAGGGCUCCAGUCGCAUGCGCAUCGAGACCAAGGCUGCCAAGACCCUGGCUGUCAUCAUGGGCUGCUUCUGCCUCUGCUGGGCCCCCUUUUUCAUCACCAAUGUGGUGGACCCCUUCAUCCACUACAGUGUGCCCUGGCAGAUGUGGACCGCCUGGCUGUGGCUUGGCUAUAUUAACUCUGGCCUUAACCCCUUUCUCUACGCCUUCCUGAACCGGGCCUUCAGACGGGCCUUCCUCAUGAUACUGUGUUGUGGUGAUGAGAGAUACGUACGCCAGGGGAGCUACGGCCCCACCAGACGCUACUCUGGAUCUGUCAACGGGACCUCCAUCGCGCUCAGGUAA